AGACCAACGGUGGUUGCCAUUAGCGACUGAGCAACUAAAACUUUGAGAUGCUUUCCACCAAAUGUGGGACUGAACCUUGACUGUGUUUUUUUUUAUUAUUUAAAAAUUUUACUCAUCAUGGCAACUCCACAGAGAAAUACAGACAACUUCUUUAAGGUGGAGGGCAACAUGACGGAGCAUGUGGACAGUAUUCAGAAGGCACUAGAGAAACUUCAAAGCCUCUCUGCGGAGGAAAAAACUGAGACGCUGCGGUCCAGGAUAGAUGAACAGUCAAGUCUGAUCUGCAUCCUGAAACAGAGAGCAGACGAGCUGCUGCUCCGAUGUCAAGUCCUGCAAAAAAUCAAUAUAGAGAAGGAGGGUCGAGUAACAGACUACCAGAAAGAACUGGACGAUGAAAGAAGGAAAACAGAGCUCUUAAAGAAGAGAUUUAUGGAUUUGGUUGCCAACUAUGAAGCGAUGACCGCUUUCAUGGACGAGCACAAAAAUCAAAAUAUCCAGUUAAAGUUGGAAAACAAACAGCUGCAGUCAGAAAAUGAAACACUUUUCUCCCAAAAAUUACAAGAUAAAGAAGUGUUGGUUGAAAAAAUGUUGAAAGAAAUCAAAGAGCUGACGGAAAAAUACACAAACAAGGAAAAUGACUAUCGGGAGAAAUUAUCUGCAUGCGAGACAAAACUCAAGGAACAAGCAACUGAGCAUCAAGGCAAGGAGGUGUCGCUACUCGAUCAAUUACAUGAUGCUCAGCAACAGCACAGAGAAGCUGUAGAGAUGUGCAAAGACCUUAAGCUGAAGCUACAAAAGGCUGAAGAGGAGCAGGCUUUGAAGGAAGUCAACAUGAGAGAAAGCAUAAAAUGCCUCACCAAAGAGAAGGACAAAUUAUUGUAUCUAUCUAUGGAAAGAGGGAAAGUAAUACAGGAGAAACAAGAAGAAAUCCAGCAGCUGGAGUCAAAGUGGAAAGAAGAGAAAAAAGCCAGAGUUGAAGCACAGGAAAGAUUUGAACGUGAAGCAGAAGCUGUGAACGCAGACUUAAAAGUGAAGUAUAUGCAGUCUGCUCUCGAUGAAUCCACAAUGAGAUAUGCACAGUUCAAAAAGGAUUUUGAAGCUUACAAAGAGCACAGCACAGACCUCCUUAUACAAGAAAGGGAGUUAAACAAGACACUUCGCCACAUGACAGGCUAAACUUCAGUAUUAUUGGAUCGGUUUCAUUAAAGCAAAUAACUGACAGUUUGCUCACUGACAGUGCCAGCAAUAAAAAAAA